ACCCUUUCCAACAAUAAGAAAAUUUUUAACUUGGAAAGAACAAAGAUGGUAAUAAAAACAAUAGAUAUUUUGAAGAAUGAAAUUCCCAUAGAGGAGGAAUCACUGAUCAUCACUGAAGAUGUGAAAGCUGGUCUUGUUCUUGUGGAUAUCAUCAAUGGCUUUUGCACUGUUGGAGCUGGAAAUCUGGCACCAAGAGAGCCAAACAGGCAGAUCUCUGAAAUGAUUGAGGAAUCAAAAAGGCUGGCUAGAUUGUUCUGUGACAAGAAAUGGCCUAUUCUUGCCUUUCUUGAUUCACACCAACCUCACAAACUUGAACACCCUUAUCCUCCUCACUGUAUCACUGGCACUGAUGAAUCCAAUUUGGUUCCUGCACUAAGAUGGUUGGAGAAGGAACAAAACGUAACAAUCAGGCGUAAAGAUUGCUACGAUGGCUAUAUUGGUUCUUUUCAGGAGGAUGGCUCUAAUGUAUUUGUUGAUUGGGUGAAAAACAACAAAAUUCAAACUUUGUUGGUUGUAGGGGUAUGUACAGACAUUUGUGUGCUGGAUUUCGUUUGCUCUACAUUAUCAGCUAAGAACCGCGGUUUCCUCAAUCCUUUGGAACAAGUAGUAGUUUACUCUAAAGGAUGUGCCACUUUUGAUUUUCCAGCCUCCAUGGCAAGAAACAGCAAAGAUAUUUCACCACAUCCUCAGGUGACUUAUAACAAGAGCUGAUGCAUCAUGUAGGACUUUAUAUGGCGAAGGAAAGGGGUGCUAAAAUAGCUAGAGAAGUCUCCUUCGACAGCUUGAAGAAACCAUGAUAUAUUGCAAUCUUUAAUUUGGUCACCUGUAAUAUUGAAAGGGUUCUGUAUUUUCAGGAAAUAUGCAGCAGAUGCUGAUGGUUUGUGUGCUUCAGCAGUCUAUGAUUACAAUAAUGCUACAAUAUGAAAUGCAUGUAUAUACAUAUGAAAAUAAUAAGUUUGGAUGUGCUCUAUCCACUAGAUCAACACCCAAGUUUUACUGGUACUAGAGUAUAACCAUGGAUGCAUGUUAAUUGCUAUGUAUGCUGUGUCCAUUGCAUUGCCUUAAUGAAAUAGUGAAGGCUUUGAUAUAUUGUAUGUAGCUUUAACCAUACAACAUUGCCAAAAUUUUGUAUUGUUCA